UGCCAGGGUCUCUCUCUCGGUCUCUCGUCUAUUGCAGCCACGUUGGCCGACAGUUGCCCGCCAAACACCGCUCAGAGUGGUCGCGUUUCGCUCCUGCGCGUGUCCCGAUCGCUUCUGGCGGUUGUGGUGUCUGUGUUACCCCUUGGUGGCCAGUCCGGGACGAUUAAUUAAAACUCAUUUCGUGCUGAAUUGGUAUUUCUGUCUUGCUUACAUGUCUUACGAUGAUGAUGUGGCUGUGUUCAUGAAUUAGCCCGUAGUGUGUGUAUUUGUGUUAUGAUAAUAUUCAUGGUCUAUUUAUCACAUUCGAAUAUGAAAUUUAAUUAUGUCAAUAAAUAUGCAAUUACGCUGCUUUUGUUUUUCUCUUAUUAACUUGGGCACAUGAAAGUGAGGGCAGUGUAAUUUCGACUACUACCAGCAACGUAUAAUAGCAUUUCCAUAUCACUGAUUCUACCGUGAUAUAUUUUGGCUGGAAAGCAGAACUCCACUUAAAAACAAAUUGCAACUUGGAUCUAAAAGCGACAGUAUUCAAAAUGCAGCUGCACUCUAUUUAUCAAUGGAAAAUCCUGGCCUACUGCAUGAUCUCAUCUCAAAUAACAGGGGAGCUGAUUCCCUUCCCAAGAGGCUUCAGGUCGGUGCGAAUCCCCACCUCCCUCCCCGCCCCACCGGACACUCAGCCUCUGCCGACGAUCCUCCGCGACAACAGAGGACGAGAGGACGUGUACGACAACCUGGAACUCAGCAGCGAGGGCCCAGAAGAGCCGAUACGACCCCUCAUUCCGAUGUCAGCCACUGGAGCGACUGGCACUUUCGUCCUUCCGUCACAGCCGGUGUUCGACGAAGCGGCGCCGAAGAAUGUCUCGGCCAUAACGGGCAACUCCGCCUACCUCCACUGCGUCGUCCACAACUUGGCGAAUAAGAGCGUAUCGUGGAUACGACAGAGGGACCUCCACAUCCUGACAGUCGGUCGGUAUACGUACACGACGGAUGAUCGUUACCAAGUCAUCCAUUCAAGGCACUCGACCGACUGGAUACUGAAGAUCAAGUACGCCCAGGAGAGGGAUUCUGGCAACUAUGAGUGUCAGGUGUCUACGAAGCCCAUCAAGUCUUACGUGGUUCACCUGAACGUUUUCACUGCGCCUCAGGCGACCAUUAUUGGAUCUCCAGAUAUGUAUGUCGACAAAGGUUCCACGAUCAACCUCACCUGCAUCAUUACUCACAGCCCAGAACCUCCGGAAUACAUCCAUUGGAAGCAUAACGGAGUCGAGUUGAGCUACGAUUCACCACGGGGUGGCAUCACUAUGGUUACGGAACGGGGGAACACAACCACUGGGUAUCUGCUGAUGAAGGAAGCGCGUCCAUCAGACACGGGAAACUACACCUGCGCUCCAUCGAACACGUCGCCAUCUGAUUUGCGAUUACACGUCCUCGAUGGCGAAUUACCAGCAGCCAUGCAGACGAACUCUGCCUCCCUCGUGUCAUCGAAGGCGACUGAAUCCAGCGUCGUCUUAAUAACCUCAAUAAGCCUACUCUCUGUCGCAGCAUUGCUGGAACGCCUUUUAGAAGUGACUGGCGUUCCCGGAGGAUCCUGAGUCUUCAACGGAACUAAACGUUUUAUUAAAGCCUCUCUUUUUAUGGUGACAAUAAUAAUGAGAAUAAAGACAUAAAUAUAAAUAUGAAUAUAUCCCAAAGUGUUGUGAUUUCUGACAAACUUCAAUGCUCAUUUUUGUGCUCACUGAAUAUAGACUUUUAUGGAGUUUUUGAACCUAUCGAAUUUUAUCCGGAGAUGUCUGCAGUGCAGUCCGAGCGUAUUUUCUGGGCGCGUUUCUGCUGUUUUUAUUUUUACGGAAAUGUAGCUACGUCUGAGAUGAUGAUGAUGUUGAUGAAAAUUGAGUAACAAUAUAGGCUGUAAGACGAUCAGUUUGCCGAAGGUGAUAUGCUCUCCCAAAGUAGAUUCCCAUCACCCGCGCAUCUGACGUCUAGGCCAGUCUCUCACGACGCUCCUGAUUGGCUGUUGAUAAGCCAAUCACAGGGCUGGAAACUCUCAGUCUCUCGAGAGAGUUCCCAUAAGCAGGGAAGACGUAUCCCUCAGUAGUGGAACAUACAUCCUGCCUAUGUAAACUCUCUCGAGAGACUGAGAGUUUCCAGCCCUGUGAUUGGCUUAUCAAUAGCCAAUCAGGAGCGACGUAAGGGACUGGCCUAGACAUCAGAUGCACGGUUGAUGUGAAUCUACUAUAGUAUCCCGGUGAUGACAGUUUCUGAGACCAAUAAGUGAUGAGGAAUUUCGUUAAGUUUCCCAAGGAUUCAAAUGUCCGAGGAACUAAGAGUGAUAAGAUAAUUAAUUCUUCUACGUUAAUCUAACAUUCCCUCUAACUUUUGUAUACGGUGCUCACAGGUUAAAUAUAUCAGAACAUUGAACAUGAAUAUCUUGUCGAUAAUACAACACAAACAUCACCAUUCCAACCUUACUGUUCAGUGUUUACAAGAUCCUCUUCUUUAGUGAAAGAAAGUCUGCGAUGUUGAUCAAGAUCCCUCUAGAGAUGAUCUCUUUUUGGAGAGUGAAUUCCCUUCCAAAUGCUGUGAAAUGACGUAUUGCAAAAGUGUUCCAAUGCUGAUGAAAGUUUAUUAUCUGCAGCAUAUCUUUAAAACUCUCAUAAGAGAACAUUUUAUGGUUUAUUUUUAUCUAGGACUAUAUUGAACUGUUAAGAAAUGUAUUUGUUAUUGUUGCCAACCGUAACUUAAUUUUUUUUUUUUUUAUGAAACUUAGAAACUAUAUUGAAAUCGUACCAUUUGACUAUAGUAUUAUACUGAAAUCCAUUAAAAGUUUUUGUUUGAAGAAUUUUUAUGCUUCAUUUUUGCUUAAUGCAAAAUGAGAAAUGUAUGAGCUUAUGAUUUAAUUUAUGCAGUUUUCUCUUUGUUCAUUUGACCUCAGAAAUUAGCACGAUGUCGUAAUAUUGUCUUUUGUUUGUUUGUAUUGUGUUUUUACGUUGCAUGGAACUAGUGGUUAUUCAGCAACGGGACCAACGGCUUUACGUGACUUCCAAACCACGUCGAGAGUGAACUUCUAUCGCCAGAAAUACACAUCUCUCACCCCUCAGUAGAACGCCCGAGAAUCGAACUCGCGGCCAACGAGGUGGCACGCCAACACCAUAACGACCACGCCACUGAGGCGCUUAUGAUGUUGUAAAAUUUGGCUAUGCUACCAUCGCAAUAAAUACCAUUAAUCUUCGUUGAAAGUAUUUGUAAGCUUCAUUUCUACUUAAAGCAAAAUGAGAUAUUUAUAUAGUCACGAUUUAAAUUCAUACUUUUACAUUUUUGGAAGCAGGAACAGUAACCAAUUAAGUAAUCAUGAUAACAGAUCCGUAUCGACCUUUGAAACUCAAUAAAAAAUAAAACAGUAUCUACACUAAAUAUGGAGUAUGACAUUCCUUAACUAUUUGUGCUUCUGAAUAUAUUUGUUCUCCAAUUUGAUUUUUUUUUUCAAAUGAAAGAAUAUUAAGAGCAUCAUAAUUGGAACAGUUCUUUUAAAAGAGGAUUUGUGUCAUUUUCCGUUCAAUGAACUGUAAAAACCUGGGGACCCAUUAGGUGUGUCUUCGCAGACAGGAUAUUCAUCACGCUUUCUGUGUCCGAUCUUCGAGAAUGUCUCCUUGUUGGCUGUUGUUACUCAGUGGACAAAACUUUGCGUUAUUUGAUGGGCUCUUCUUCAGUUUGUACAUAUUAUAAUGUAAUAUAUAAAAAAGGAUAUCUAUAAUAGAGAAAGGCAUUUGAUGUAAACAGAUUUUAUAUUUUGAUAAAAUCUUAAAAUA